AUAGUUUCCGGCUCUCUCCUUCAGACUACAAGCUCCACAGAGCCGCGGGAGGACGGUUGCCUGGCAUUAUUAGCAAGCAGCAAGUAUGGCGGUGGCGCGCGUGGACGCGGCUUUGCCUCCCGGAGAAGGAUCAGUGGUCAAUUGGUCAGGGCAGGGACUACAGAAAUUAGGUCCAAAUUUGCCCUGUGAAGCUGAUAUUCACACUUUGAUUCUGGAUAAAAAUCAGAUUAUUAAAUUGGAAAAUCUGGAGAAAUGCAAACGAUUAAUACAGUUAUCAGUGGCUAAUAAUCGGCUGGUUCGGAUGAUGGGUGUGGCCAAGCUGACAUUGCUUCGUGUAUUAAAUUUGCCUCAUAAUAGCAUUGGCUGUGUGGAAGGGCUAAAGGAACUAGUUCAUCUGGAAUGGCUGAAUUUGGCAGGAAAUAAUCUUAAGGCCAUGGAACAGAUCAAUAGCUGCACAGCUCUACAGCAUCUCGAUUUAUCAGACAAUAACAUAUCCCAGAUAGGUGAUCUAUCUAAAUUGGUAUCCCUGAAAACCCUGCUUUUACAUGGAAACAUCAUCACCUCUCUUAGAAUGGCACCUGCUUACCUACCCAGAAGUCUUGCUAUACUUUCUUUGGCAGAAAAUGAAAUCCGAGACUUAAAUGAGAUCUCUUUUUUGGCAUCCUUAACUGAAUUGGAACAGUUGUCGAUUAUGAACAAUCCUUGUGUGAUGGCAACACCAUCCAUCCCAGGAUUUGACUAUCGGCCGUACAUCGUCAGCUGGUGCUUAAACCUCAGAGUCCUAGAUGGAUAUGUGAUUUCUCAGAAGGAAAGCUUGAAAGCUGAAUGGCUCUAUAGUCAAGGCAAAGGGAGAGCAUAUCGGCCUGGCCAGCACAUCCAGCUUGUCCAAUAUCUGGCUACAGUCUGCCCCCUCACUUCUACACUAGGUCUUCAAACUGCAGAGGAUGCCAAACUAGAGAAGAUUCUGAGCAAACAGAGGUUUCACCAGAGGCAAUUGAUGAACCAAAGCCAAAAUGAAGAAUUGUCUCCUCUUGUUCCUGUUGAAACAAGGGCAUCCCUUAUUCCUGAGCAUUCAAGCACUGUUCAAGAUUGCCAGAUAUCCCAGGAAAGUGAACCCGUCAUUCAAGUCAAUUCUUGGGUUGGGAUAAGCAGUAAUGAUGAUCAGUUAUUUGCGGUUAAGAAUAAUUUUCCAGCCUCUGUACAUACUACAAGAUAUUCUCGAAAUGAUCUGCAUCUGGAAGACAUACAGACAGAUGAGGACAAGUUAAACUGUAGUCUUCUCUCUUCAGAGUCUACUUUUAUGCCAGUUGCAUCAGGACUAUCGCCACUAUCACCUACAGUUGAGCUGAGACUGCAGGGCAUUAACUUGGGCCUAGAAGAUGAUGGUGUUGCAGAUGAAUCUGUGAAAGGGCUGGAAAGCCAGGUGUUGGAUAAGGAAGAGGAAAAGCCUUUAUGGGCUGCAAAUGAGAAUUCUGUUCAAAUGAUGAGAAGUGAAAUCAAUACAGAGGUAAAUGAGAACGCUGGACUAUUACCUUGUCCUGAGCCAACAAUAAUCAGCACUAUCUUGAAGGAUGAUAACCACAGUCUUACAUUUUUUCCUGAGUCAGCUGGACAGAAACAACCAGACAUAAAGAAACCAGAAAAUACACAACCAGAAAAUAAAGAAACCAUAUCUCAAGCAACUUCAGAGAAACUUCCCAUGAUUUUAACCCAGAGAUCUGUUGUUUUGGGACAAGACAAAGUUGCCCUUCAGAAAUUAAAUGAUGCAGCCACCAAGCUUCAGGCCUGUUGGCGGGGAUUUUAUGCCAGGAACUACAACCCUCAAGCCAAAGAUGUGCGUUACGAAAUCCGGCUACGCAGAAUGCAAGAGCACAUUGUCUGCUUAACUGAUGAAAUAAGGAGAUUACGAAAAGAAAGAGAUGAAGAACGUAUUAAAAAAUUUGUACAAGAAGAAGCUUUCAGAUUCCUUUGGAACCAGGUAAGGUCUCUACAGGUUUGGCAACAGACAGUGGACCAGCGUCUAAGUUCCUGGCAUACUGAUGUUCCUCCUAUAUCAAGUACCCUUGUGCCAUCGAAACCUCCAUUAUUUACCCAAAGCCAGGAGUCCUCUUCUGAUCAAAAUGCUGAUUGGUUCAUUGCUUCUGAUGUAGCUCCUCAAGAUAAAUCAUUACCAGAAUUUCCAGACUCUGGUUUUCAUUCCUCUCUAACAGAACAAGUUCAUCCUUUGCGGGAUUCGUUGGAUUUUGAGAAAAGUUCCACAGAAGGCAGUGAAAGCUCCAUAAUGGGGAAUUCCAUUGACACAGUGAGAUAUGGCAAAGAAUCAGAUUUAGGGGAUGUUAGUGAGGAACAUGGUGAGUGGAAUAAGGAAAGCUCAAAUAAUGAGCAGGACAAUAGUCUGCUUGAACAGUAUUUAACUUCAGUUCAACAGCUGGAAGAUGCUGAUGAGAGGACCAGUUUUGAUAGAGAGACAAGAGAUAGUAAACUUCACAUUGCUUGUUUCCCAGUACAGUUAGAUACCUUGUCUGACGGUGCUUCUGUAGAUGAGAGUCAUGGCAUAUCUCCUCCUUUGCAAGGUGAAAUUAGCCAGACACAAGAGAAUUCUAAAUUAAAUGCAGAAGUUCAAGGGCAGCAGCCAGAAUGUGAUUCUGCGUUUCAGCUAUUGCAUGUUGGUGUUACUGUGUAGCAUGUUCUGGUCUUUUGGGAAGCAGAUACCCACUUUUCUUAAAAAUACUUUCAGUUGCCUUUUUUUUUUUGGAGGGGAGUACUCCAUACCCCUAAUUUUGUUACUAUUUAUAUAGAAUUUUUAUUCAUGUCUCAUGUUUUUCAGAUUCUAGAUAUUGAGCUGAGUUUUCAUUUUGAUUUUGUUAGCUUUUUACUUAGCUGUAAGGUACCAAACUAUUUAUAUUGACAGCAUAUAUGCACUUUAUUUCUUAACUGAAUUGCAUCAACAAUGUUCCUGUUCCUUUCAUGUACUCAUUUACUUUCAUAAAUAAGCUAGCAUAUAUUAAAGAAAAUAAAAAAAAUACCUUAAAUAUAUAAAUAAGAGAAUUUUGGCUCUUCUGUGUCUGAGAAAAGUAAUUAUAUAGUAAGGAAUGAAAUUUGAUAAAGCAAAUAUAAAUGAGAAAUAUGAGGAUUGUGAACUAUUGAAAUUUGCCAGUCACCCUGGUGUAAAAUGUUUUUUUAAAGCCUUUUUCCCUCCUUUCAGAGUCAAGGAAAGCCUUUCUAUAAGUAAAUUAAGAAAAGGUAGGAUUAUAAGAUUUCUCAAUGGGAAUGAUUAAAUUGCCUCGUGGAAAACUUCAGUUAAUGUCAUGCAUCAGUUUUAACAUAUGAAGUAAAGUGUUCUAUCCAGAAUUAAAGUCAAGUUUACUUACGCAACACAAGAAUAUUUCACUUAGAUAUGAAGAAAGGAAACACUAGUCUCCAUUCACUUGAAAUACUGUCAUGGCAAAUAUUUAUCCUUUCGUUAAGUGCUUUUUCACCCUAUAGAUAAGCAUUUAUGUGCCAAUAUGUUGUCAGAAAUUAAUGUAUGUUCAUCUCCUCUGUUCCUGCUUAUAUUAUGUAUUUCAACAGAAGGUCUACAGCCAUUCACUUCAAUUUUGACUUCUGUCCCAUAGAGAAGAACAUUUAAAGUAAUACUAAUGGUCGAAUAUGAAUGACUUUUUAGGAACUGCUUUUUGUCUAACCUGAAAAAGUGCCACAUUUGGAAGACAAUUUAAUGAUGGUGAAGAAAUAAUAAACCUCCCUUUACUUGUUAAAAGGGAUAUAUAUGUCUGCAACUUAAGGGAGAAAUAAGAUUGUGUUUGAAUAUUGUAGGUAGAUGCAUUUGUAAUUAAGGAUAAUAUCAUUGAACAAUAUGUAUUUGGUUUCCCUCAACGUACAGAUAUACAGCUAUUUAAAACUAUGGCAAUACUUAAGUGUUCUCUAAAUUUAGGUGCUAAAUAUCUAUUAAUUAUUCUGUUGUAGUCGUUAGGUGCCCUUCUUUGAAGUUAUAUAAAAUAAAAGCAUCUGAUCCUUCAAGGAUAAAGUUGAGGAUCACAUGGUACGUGGUAUUUGUUGUUGUUUUUUAAAGAGAUGGAGUCUGGCUCUGUUGGUGCAGUGCCAUGAUCAUAGUUCACUAUAACCUCGAACUCCUGGCUCAAGUGAUCCUCCCACUUCAGCCUCCUGAGUAUCUGGGAUUAUAAGCAGGAGCCGCUGCUCCCAGCUCAUGGUAUUUGUUGAUAGUCAUAACAUUUUUCCUGUGUGGUAAGAUGUAUUUUUCUCAGUUUAUAAAUAUGUAGCACUCAGGUUGAGACGACUUGGAUUUUAUUCUUAGAAAUCCAGAAUCCCUUGAAAAGGAAAUAUUUUCUGUUUCUUAUAAAUAAAACAAUAAUCUUACUUUCAGAAGGAUUUUCCUUAGUGAAACAUGUGUAACAUUGAAUGCAUGUUAAAUAAAAAUGGAAUUUCUAACUUUUUUUCAACAGUGCUAAUUAUCUUUUCUGAAUGAUUUUGAAUGUCUUUUAAAAUAUAUUUUUCUAUUUUACAGUUAAGUGCCUCACUUGCUGUCCAUAGUUAGAUAAAGAAAAACCAAUCUGCACUGCACUAGUACCAAAACACUACUUUAUACAUUAGUUUUUCAUAAAAGCUGCUGGAAUGUCAUGAUUCAGUAUUACCUAAAUAGGUUUCUGCUAAAAUCCUCUCCCUCCUUUUUUAAGUAAUGGCAUAACAUAACUAAAUUCAUUUGAUCGUCAGCACUUGUUAGCAGGAUUUCCUUUUUUACCUUUGCGUUGUUUCUCUAGCCCAUAAAUAGUACUCAGCAUACUUUCAUUAACAAUUUGGCAGAAUAUGAUAAUUAUUAA